UUGGCCUUAUUUGUUGACCUGAGCUCAGGCAAAAUUUUCAUUGGCCAAUAUUGAGUUUAGUCAUGAACUAGACACAUGCUUCCGGUAAAUUGUCCGAAGGACUUUGAUACAAGAAUCAGUAUUACUGCAAAAAUAUCUGCCUAUCGUGAAAACUAAGGGAACUGAAGGACGGAAAACACGUCAAGGGCAAAUCAGCCUUACGUAAAGGCAAGGUUGUAUGACUUUGAACUGAAUAUCCGCAUAAUUAAGCCGUCCAACGAUGACAGCUUCAGAUUAAAAGUAGUCAGGAGAAUUCCUUCGUCUUUUGGUUAUAGAAAAAAGAAAUAUGUCAGGUCAUCCUGUACGGCGUUAUUAAAGUAAUCCAGGCCUGAUCGGAUAUCCAAACGGAGAAAAUACCAAGUCGUCGCUAAAAAUGGAGACUUUGGACACUGAAACGUCAGACGAUCUGUCUUACUGUGAUUUAGACAGUUUCCCGGAGGUGCUCUUAGAAAGGUCCAAAGAAAUCCAAAGCUUGCAGCUGAGCCACAACCAGAUUACCAUUCUACCUCGAAGUAUUGGUGCUUUUGUUAACCUCAUCGCCUUAGAUCUCAGCAACAACGGUUUAUCCUACAUCAGUGAUGAAAUUAUACAUUUAAAACAAUUGAAAACAUUGAUUGCACGCAAUAAUGCAUUGGACCAGGCAGCCUUGCCGAAAGAAUUUGCAGUAUUAAAUAAUUUAGAGGUAGUGAAUUUUAGUGGGAAUAAUUUUUCACAGUUUCCCCUACAACUGACUCAGAUGCCAAGUCUUCGGAGGGUCUACCUUGGAAGUAACCGUUUACAGUCUGUGCCAAAUGAUAUCAAAUUUAUGAUAGGAUUAGAAAUACUGUACCUAGGGGGCAACAAUUUGACAGAAAUCCCAGCAGAAAUUGGCCACCUGUCACAGCUGACCGCGCUGAACCUGUGCGACAACAAACUUCAGAGCCUGCCCCCAACACUUAUGAACCUCCAGAAGCUGCAAUCACUCAGCCUUCACAACAACAGCAUUUGUGUGCUUCCACAAGAAAUUGUGGCCCUGGACUUGGUUGAGCUCAGCUUGAGAAAUAACCCUCUGGUGGCAAGAUUUGUACAAGAUUUGGUGUACAAGCCGCCAUCUUUGUUGGAGCUUGCUGGGAGGGUGUUGAAGACCAAGGCUGUGCAGUAUGAAGAGAGCGAAGUUCCCAGAAAUCUAGUGGAUUACCUUGCGUCGGCCCAGAGUUGUGUUAAUCCAAGAUGUAAAGGUGUUUACUUCACCUCCAGGUGGGAGCACGUGAAAUUUGUCGACUUCUGUGGGAAGUAUCGUGUGCCCCUGCUACAGUACCUCUGUGCCCCUAACUGCACCCCUGCCAGCCCCCUAGUGAGCCUCUCAAGCAGUGACUCCGAGCCAGAGGAUGACAUCCCCGUAGUAAAGAUGAAGAAAGUGUUGCUGGGUUAAAAUGCAGACCAAUACAAAAUGGUGCAUCCAAGAUUGGAUAUAUACAUUUAUGGGUUUUUUUGUUUACUAAAAGACUAAGUGUAUUCUGCUGUAUUGAAAUAUUGCUCACAAGACUGCAAGUAUUGCUAUAAACAAAUGCUAUCCUAUAUGAUGGCUUAUUGCUUAGUUAUAUUUGUAUAAUCGCACAAAAAUUAAACAAGUCAUAAAUUUUUAUAAUGAUUUCUUUUUGUUAAUGGGUGUAAAUUACAGGAUUACCUCUAAAUUUUGAACAUGGAGGUCAUUUGGACCUCUCUUGAAAGAACAUGGGGUCAUUCAAAAUGUGAGACAGUGUAUCAGAAAAACGGGUGGAUUUUUUUUGUGAAUUUUUCAUGACAGUGUGUCAGCCUCAUAGUUGUACUGUGAAAGUACUGUAAAAGUCCAUGGACAGUGUGUCAACUUCAUGACAGCGUGUCAAGCUCAUGGUUGUAUCGUAAAAGUUCAUGGACAAGCUGUAGGGUGAUCAAAAUGUUUUAAAUCUAGAGAAGAAGGCCAGUAUCCCACUGUGAGAUAUCUAGUCACAGAUUGGUAAAUCUAGUCGCAGACAAGGAGAGGUGAUGAUAGCUGAACACUUUGAACUGGGCUAGAGUGUAUGACUUUCAGUUCUUGUUGACUGUGCUUCCAGUAAAAUAUUGUUAAGUUGGGAAGCUUAUUGAGCUUUUCAGCUCAGUUUUACUCUACUUUAUUUUAGAAAUGAAGUUCUUCCUUGCCAUAUCUAAUUUGACACAUUGCCAGAAAAUUAAAGUAUUUCUCUUUAUCACUGUUGGAGUGACAGUGUUACCAACAUGACUGUCCAAUUAGGCUUAUAUUGCUGCCUGCAUUACUCCAUUUAAACCACUGUAUUUUUACUGAUAAUUAUGAUCAUAUAUAUUUCUUGACAUAUGUAACAAAUAGAUAAAUAACCUAAGGUGAAUAAAAUUAUUUAUCAUAUAUUUUGUGUCCGCGGUCAUAAAUCCAAACCAUGCAAUUUUAUGCUCACCAAAGGUUUUUUUUAUAAAAGGAUCCUAGUCUUAAUAGUUCAAAAGAAAAAAUUUGGUUUGGUUAAGGAGUCACUGGCGGCACGUGGAUUUCCCUUGUAAGUGUUGUACUAGGAUAUUUGGUGACAGCAUAUAUACAUCUAUAAUACUUGGAUUUAUAAACACGUUCAAGUAUAUUAAAGCUCACAUAUCUGUUCAUUUCCCCUAGCUUUGCUAACAUUGCUGUUAUGUUUUUAACUGCUUGGUGUUUGUAUAAAUUAUUUACCAGAUUUGCUGUUCGUUUUUCAUCAACAAAUUACUCUGAAUUCACCAUUGUAGUACAAUGAAAAUAUUAGGGUAAAUUAGAUUGGUUGAGCAAUUAUUUUGGGAUUUAAUCAUUCUGGUAUUAUCAUAGUAGUCAACAACAGCUAAUGUACAAACUUACUCUUGAUGUAGAAUGUCACUCUUUUUUCAUUCACACUUAAGCAGGCCUUUCUUAAAUGCCUCUCUUGGCCAAUCCAUAAUCAAAAUUUCCCCUCUUAAAAGAACUGCAUGAAAAUAACUUGCUUAAAAACAAAAUCAUGUUUAUUCUUCAAAUCUGUAUUAAUUUUUCCCAAAUACAAGGAAAAGUAAUGUAUAAUAAUUUAAUGGUACAAAACAUUCACUACCAAAUAUUGUAAACCAUUUUCAAAUAAUAAUAAUAAUAAUAAUAAUAAAAAUAAUAAUAAUAAUAAUUACAAAUUAGAAUUUGAAUGAAAAAUAAGUGUAAUUACUCAAUGAUUUUCAGUUAAUAUUUCUCUUGAGGUUUAUAACUUACACAUACUUUUUACUGUCAUUAUCAAAGGGGGAAGGCUACAUUUAGCAUUAAUUACAGAGUUAAAUCAUCAACAAAGCCUUUCAAAUCACCAGUCUGCUAUAUCAACAAAGGAAAAUAUUCAAAACACUAUUUGUUAGAAGCUUGGUCUUUGCCGAUAAAGGUGCUCCUUCUGAUGCUUCAAUUGUCUCUGUACAUUUUCCAUCUACUGCAUGUGUGAAGUCAAGCAUACGCUGCUUUACAACAAAUAGUAUUUCACAUCACAUCACAUAUUUUCACAAGACACCAAAAAAGUACUACUAUUUCAAUGUACUUUUGACAUACUGAGCUGAUACUUGGUCACACAGUACAUGAGCAAAUGAAACAGGAAAGCCAUUUUUGUGCUCUAUCUUUAUAUGCUGGUGAUGUAUUACUAUCAUUUGAAAAGUAGCCAAUCACAUUCAACAUUAGUUCACAGCAUUGCAUCUGAAUAUUGGACAAAUAAAACCUGCAAUCAGAUUAGCUAUAUAUAUUAUUUGGCGAGGCACUGAGAAUCCAACUAGUCCAACAAAACCAGUGCAUGUACACUUGGGUGUUCCACUCAAGAUAUAUUUGUUAUUUUAAAUGAAAGGUUUACAUGUUACGUCCAGUGCACUUACGUAAUUUCAUGGAUUUUAAAAGUAAAAAAUUGGACCUAGUGCCCACGAUUCUAGGGUAACCUGUAGUGACACAUCAAGUUUAAAACAUAAUCUACAAUUUUGAUUUCUUGCAACAACUUCUGUGCACUGAAAUUCCUUUAGUUUUAUGCUGAAGUAUAAUGCUUAAUCCAUUAUUUUUUUUUAUG